AUGCCGGGAUUUCCGAUAUCGAACCAAGAAUCCUCCACACCAUCGUCGUCACGAUCGCCGAUUCCGAUCGAGACCCCAGCGGGGAGCGCCGAUGAGCGCGACGACGGCGUCGGUCAAUUUUGGGUGGAUGAGGCCGAGAAUGACUUGCUUGCGGAGGACCCUUUGAGCAGCGAUCGACAUGAGCCCAUGACGUUUAAGCGGAAGCAAAAGCGCAGCAUACUCGUCCUCCGCGCAACACUUCUUCUCCUCGUUUGCGCGUUCGGGCGGCAGCGCAGCGCAGCGACCUACGCAGGAGCCCCCUCGCCGUCUCUCAAUUCUGUCGACGGAGAGCCAAUCUUUCACGGGAUCGGCUCGUCGCGGCCCCAUGAAAGCGCAUAUGCGGCGGGCUCUCAAGCGAAGGACGGGGCGCCGCUAGAUUGGUACGUGGAAGGGCCCGGAAGGCGUGUCGCGUACGAAAACUUGACGGCGAUCGACUGGAUUUUUGAAUAUACAAAGGAGCGGCAGAGAUUAAGAGUCUUGAGAUCCACGGCGAGUGGCCUGCUGGGCCAUAUACAGCUCCUCCUCGACGCGAGUCAGGUCAUUCUUGCUUACUUCGCGGCGGCCCUUGUGAAGGAGUAUGCGAUAUACGCCAAGCAUAGCGGCAUCCCUGAGAUGAAGACCGUCUUAGGAGGCUUCGUCAUUCGCAAGUUCUUAGGGCUGUGGACUCUAGUCACAAAGGCCUUGGGUUUGCAACUUUCUUAUUAUUUCCCAGACAAAACCAUGUGGCAGAGCUUUGUGUGUGCGAUGACGGCUGCCGUCGUUUUGCAAGCUCUCGACCCCCUCCGCUCCGGAAAGCUCGUGCUUUACCAGUCAACGUACAGCGUUGGGUGGCACGGGUUCGAGCUGGUGCCCUAUGUCAUCCUGGGUACCUCCGAGCUGGUAUCUAACCUCUUCACCGAUUGCACGAAACUCCUGGAGGACGAAAUCGGCAUCUGCAACACCGGCGCCGCGUCCGCAGCGACCGUGGUACUCUUGAUAUUCGCCGCCGUGCUCGGCUUCGGGCUCGCAGCCAUUACUUUUGGUCUUCAGAUCCCUGCCGGCAUCAUCCUGCCGUCCAUGGCCAUCGGCGCACUGGUAGGGAGGGCGAUUGGCAUCGUCAUGGAGAUCCUAGUGAACAGCAGCCGAGGGUCCAUCCUAUGGGACUCGUGCGAACCCGACGCCCCUUGCAUCGUCCCCGGCACGUACGCCCUCGUCGGCGCCGCGGCAGCCCUGGCCGGCGUCACGCGGCUCACCGUCUCCAUCGUCGUCAUCAUGUUUGAGCUCACCGGCGCCCUCACGUACGUUUUGCCCAUCAUGGUUGCCGUCAUGACGGCCAAGUGGGUCGGCGACGCCUUCUCCCGCAAGGACAUUUACGAAUCCUGGAUCCACUUCAACGAAUACCCCUUCCUCGACAACAGCGACGAGAUUGUUGUCCCAGACGUGCCCGCAGCCCAGAUCAUGACGCGCAUCGAGGACCUCGUCACCGAGGUCUUCUUCUCCCACCAACCCCUGGCCGAUCCCCGCACUACCCUCGACCUCCGCCCCUGGAUGGACCAGACCCCGCUUACCCUUCCCUCCCAGGCGAGCCUCCACCUCGCCGUCACCUACUUCCGCAAACUCGGCCUCCGCUACGUCCUCUUCUGCGAUAGGGGCGGCCUCCAAGGCCUCCUCACGAAAAAGGACGUGUGGUACGUGCUCAACGGCGCUGCCGAAACUCGCCGCUCAAUAGGAUGGAGGCCCGCGGCGACCUCGACGAGGACGGCGGCAUCGCCCGCGGCACGGGGAGGUGGGGCUGCUAUCCGUCGCGGAUGGACGUAA